AAAAUACAUAUGCCAAAGCAGCACACCACUCUUAUUCCAUUAUUAGAUUCACCUAUAUAUAUGUGUGUGUGCGUGCGCUAUUGCCAUGUGACUUUAUUUUGCCACCAAAUUUGAACACAAAAUCCAAAAAACCAACAUUAACGUUAAUGGAGGGACAAAGAGCAGAGAACGAGAACAAGGGGAGAGACACUCGGUACAGGGGGAUACGACGCCGUCCGUGGGGGAAGUUCGCGGCGGAGAUUCGUGACCCGUCGAAGAAUGGUGCGCGUCUGUGGCUGGGCACCUUUGAGACUGCGGAGGAGGCUGCUCGGGCUUACGACCGCGCUGCUUUUGCUUUCAGGGGUCACUUGGCCAUUCUCAACUUUCCCAAUGAGUUUCAACACCAGAAUAGUCACCACAACUUCUCUUCUUCUUCGUCUUCUUCUUCUUCGGUUUCAGCUGCUCAUGGCCGUGAUGGCCAUGGCCAGAGCUAUGAUUUUGGGUCUUUUCAAUCCGGGCAAGGGAGUAGUGGUUGUGCUAGUGGUGUUAUUGAGUUUGAGUAUUUGGAUGAUAAAUUGUUGGAGGAUCUUCUCGACUGUGAAAGUAGGCAAGGAAAGAAGUAACAAGAAGAAAAAACUCAGUUCAUCAACAACAUUCCUUAAGAUUAAAUUGGGUUUUUUCUUCUUUUUAUUUUAAAUAAGUUGUUAGUAGUAAGAGCACCCAACAAAAUCUAACUUUUGUUUUUGAUUGUAUUGAUUUCGUUGAAUCAAGUUAUGUUUUUUUUUUUUUCUAUUGAAGAAGGAUUAGCCCUUAAUUAAAGAACCAAUGUACAGUUAUAUAAUACAAGUUUAGAUGAAUACUUUUUUCUUUAAUAUUUAAAUAAAAUGAGAUUGUUGACCAAGAAA